CGGCGCUGCGCUUUUGCAAAGCUGCGGCAGCUGGAGCGGGAGCGGCGCCGGUUGGCUGUCGGCUGUGCCGCGGCCCCCAGCCCGAGAGAAGGCGCGCGGCUGACAUGAGCCAGGCGGCCGCCGAAGGGGGAGCCGCAGCCUCCGGAGGCCGCCCCUCGCCGCCCGCCUCCUCCUCCUCCUCCUCCUCCGACUUCCCCGCAAUCGACGGCUGGGCGGCGGAGCUGAUCGCGGACGCCGCCGAGGACGGAGAGCCGCGGCGGAAGGCGGCAGCGGAGGAGAGGGAGGCCGGCGGGGCUCGGCCGCUCGCUUACUGUCUGCCCCCUGAGACCGGGAAGGAGAUGAAAGCAGUAGAAGAAUGUAUAGAAGAGAUGUUAAUAAGGCUGGAUGAGUUCUGUGGUAUGACUGAUAUGAUUAGGAGUGAUACAUCCAUUCUCUUGGAAGAGAUGAUUCCACUUAUUAAGGCCAAAGUUUCAGAAAUGAACAAUGUCUACACAAAAGUGGAUAAACUAGAGGCAUUUGUGAAAAUGGCUGGCCAUCAUGUUUCUUUCCUAGAAGAACAAAUUCUCCAAGCAGAGAAGACCCAUGCUGGAUGUCCUUCUUCUAUUCAAAAGCUGCUUGGGUCACUAGAUUUCCCUUUAUUUAAAAAAACCUAGGAAGAAGGCAGUGACCAGCUAUUUCUGAAAAAUGUUGUCCAGAACACCACAAGGACUUCUCCAGGCAGUUACCAGGAAUCAACACGGAUUUGAAGACAAAACAAAAUACGAUGAAAAUUAAGUGUCUAUUUACACUUCUCCUUACGAUGUCUGCAACUAGAAUAUAUGCAAUUGUUAUGAACUAUUAACUCCAAAAUGGUUUGACUUUUGGUCAUAGCCCUAAGGACAUAACUGUUAGUUGUGUUUAAAUUAAAAUGUUUCAUUGUUUGAAGCUGGACAAACAGGAAUUCUAAGGUCACUGCAGUCUAUUUAAAUCUGCAAGAAUUAUCAGCAAUCUGGUGCUCAGGCAUAUCAAAGAAUAUAUUUGCUGGAAACAAAAUGACUUGGGAAUAUUUGUGCAUAAACUAUAAAUGAAAGGCAGCAGGACCUGCUAAAGGGUAGGCAAGCAAUCUAAUAGCAAGUAACUAUUCAGAAGAUGAGGAAAUCCUUGUUCAAAUCAGAACAGUGGAUAGAAAACGAACACAAUUUAAAGAUAACCUAGAGCUGAACUCAACUCCUGGUAACUACAAGGUUGUCUCACUUCCCCAUGUAUUCUUAGAAAGAAAAAUAUGGGAGGCUGUAAAAGUAAAAUCUCCUUCAAGCCAAUCUUUAAUAUACCUUGGAAUUUCAUGGACAAGCUAUGUUGUUUUCUAAGCAACUAUACAUACAUGAUUUGCCUUUAUCUUCUGCCAAUGCUUUCUUUUCAAAUUUCUAAUCUGUGUUAGAAAACUUCUGCAGCUCUGGAAUUCUGCUUAAGCCUUUGUGGGGGGGGGGGGGGAGAGAGAUUUGAGUAAGUGUUGCUUUAUAACCAUGGGUGAAUAGGUGCAGCUUAACAUGUUUUAUAAUGGGCCAGAGCCAUCGUGACAGAUAUUUGGGUAGAUUAUCUGUAACAUACUUUCAACAUGCCAAACAUAAAUAGCAGAUUGUCAACUUGGAUGACAAUUGAAUUGGAUUUUGUGGUCAUUUGAUAUCCAAUUUAUAAUCUCCCAGAAACUGUAAAGUGCAGGUUGCUACUUUACCAUUGAUGUGUAAUUUUUUUUCUGCAAUAAUUCAAAUGUAAAGUUAUAGCAUUUGUGGAAUUUUUAAGUUUUAACAUAUUUUUCGUAAGUUAUUUUUUUAACUAGAAAUUAAUGUAAAUAUUGUCAAGUUUACCCCAGUACAGAUUUAGCAAUUUUUUUCCUCUGCUAGAACAUAUAAUAAAUACAUACUUGACUCCAGCAGACUGCAUCACAAUGCAAUAAAACUAGGCAUUUAGAUAUAAGCAAAAUCUUAUGAAAAAGGAAAAACGUUUUAAGAACUUAACAAAUUAUUUUUAAAAACCUUAUAAAAAUGAUCUACAAUUAAUUCUGCUACAGUAGAAACCUGAUUACGGCAAAAAUACACAUUGACAAUACUGUUAAAACUUGUUGAUUUGCCCCAACUCACCACCCUUCAAUAUUAUACAUUGAUUCUGUGUGAAAACUCAAAUAGUGUAUCUGCAAACAAUGCAUAUUAGACACAAUUCAAUCCAUUCAUUGAUUUACUACAAGGAGCAAAUCUUAAGGACUGUCAAUUUACAAAAAAAAUGACAGUACUUUUAAAUAUUUCAAUAGGAAUGUUAAGCACAUCUUUAAACUGCCAUUGAAAACAACAGAAUGUUAAAAUGUUUGGAUGUAUUAUGCUGCAUCUGCAAACCCAUAUACAGUACUGUAAUUUUAAUACAUCUGUUUGGUUCAGUAGAUUAUAUAUUAACACUAGCUUGCACAUAGAUAGCUUAUGUUUGUUAAUACAGAACUUCUGUAGAUAACUUAAUUUUCUCAAGGCAUAAACUCUAGCAUCUGAAUUUUGUUUUCUUUCAACAAAAGCCAUCACAUUGACUUGGGAAACAGGUAAUUCAGAAUUUGUAAUAAAGCAAAUAUUUACAUUAAGCACAAUACAGCAAUUUAUUUAGAUGUUUAAAUGAAUACAAAGGGGAAAUAAAGAUCACAAAAUUA